AUAGGACAUAAAGAUGUGUUUUCUUUUCUUUUUGCUAACAGGACAAACAGAAAUCGUCUGAGAAAGGGUCUUUAAGGACCAACCAUUUAGAGGCAUGUGGUAGACUGUAAUACUGUUCAUCAAACAUUGCAGUUUCCAUCUCUGCAGUGCUCCUGUGGGAUGUUUUUCGGUUGCUGCGGCACAACUCAAACCACUCUGAUUUGAAUGAAUUUUGGAGGGACACAAUUAAGCUCAUAGUAGGUGGCAAUUCCCAAGUUCAACGCAGUACAAAGUGCUACAUUAAGGGCAGUUGUGAGAUGUGAGGUUAGUAAUAUUGGUCACGUGGGGGGCACUGAGUGCCAAACUAGAACCACUGAGUUUUUUUUUAUCAAAGCAGUGUGGAGGUGAGAAUUCUGUUUUAGGAAAGCAAAUCUGGUGGUUGCUAUGGGAUCAAUUUUACUGGAAGAAAUCGGAGGUAGGAAAACCAUUUGCAGGAGCGAUGUAACAAUCCCUGAUGGAAAAUUAAAGAUCCACAUUCCAACGGCAGCAUCUCAAACGCACCACCGCCUGGCAGUCUUUCCGGAUCCUUCCGCCAGAGGGGAUCUUUUCUACGAACCCGUAUUUUCUUCUGUUUAAGGGUUGCUCCUAGAACACUUAAAUAUCACCUUAUAUUGUACUCGUUUCCGUAGUUUUCUUAUCCCUUCCACUUUGCAGUUCCUCUAGCAGGUGGCACCGUGGCGGCGUCGGAGCGCCGCAAAAUCUGCAGGAAGCGGUCGCGGCGGGCGGGGUCUCACACUCUUACGCUGACACCCUUUGUAGACUUGACUACGUUCUUUAGACAUCCAGGGGGCUUGGCCAGUUGUUUGCUCAGCACAGCGAACAGGGCGGCCUAUGCCACCCACAAAAGGACGCACUUCUCAACUUUCUCGGUGUCAGGGCAUCGGGCUCCGCUCGCCAUGGAGCAAGAAGGUGAUGCUCACUUCGUUGAACGGAUGACUUAAUUAUUAUCGAUUAAUUUCCUGGCAGGAAGCAGACACACUCGCCGUCCUUUAAGGGGUGGCAGCCACCGAAAGACUAAAAUAGCUUCCUUUUCUGUAAGAGGGGCUUGGAAUACUCAAGAGGACCCUUUCACCUCCGAGAUUCUGCGCAUCGUUUUUGGCAGUAAGCAAGGAUAUAAGCAACAAUUGAGAUUCGAAAGCCAUAGAGUACUGACUACGUCAGCAUAGAGGCUGAUUGAAAGCGAAAUGGUUCCGUUUGUAUAGAAAUCUGUGAGCCUUCCCCUAAAGGGAGUAAGCAGAGCGCCAACUCCGCCUUCUCCCAGGGUGCUCUGCGCGACACGUCGACCCCACCCCGCAUCCCAGGGUUCCCUGCACGGCGGUCUCGCUUCCGGUGGGCUGCGUGCGCGCGCCCAGCGCCGGAAGGUGCUCAUGAGUGAUUGCUCCGCCCACCCAGGCCUCAUCUUCGCGGCUGCUGGGGUUUGAGGUUCCCGCCGGGCAGGUCCGGGCUGGGCGAGAGCGAUGCUGUGCGGCCCGCCUCGGCUUUGAGGCGAGAAGAGCGUCCCAGACUCCUUUCCGCUUGCUGACGGCGCUGAGCCCCGGGCAGUCAUGUCGACGGGGUUCUCCUUCGGGACCGGCACACUGGGCUCCAGCACCGUGGCCGCCGGCGGGACCGGCACAGGCGGCGGUUUCUCCUUCGGGACAGGGGCGUCUAGCACCCCUUCUGUGGGGCUCAGUUUUGGAACUCUCGGAAGCACCACGACUCCAGUCACUACAUCUGCUUCUUCAGGUGGUUUCGGAACCGGACUCUUUGGAUCUAAAGCUGCCACUGGGUUCACUCUAGGAGGAACAAAUACAGGAGUAGCAACAGCUAUAACUACAGGAUUAACGCUGGGAACGCCAGCCACUACAUCUGCUUCUACAACAGGCUUCAGUUUAGGAUUCAGUAAGCCUGCAGCGUCUGCCACACCAUUUACUCUGCCUGUUACUUCUACCUCAGCUAGUGGUCUUACUCUUUCGUCUGCUCUGACAUCAACCCCAGCAGCAUCCACAGGGUUCACUUUAAAUAAUUUGGGUGGAACGACAGCCACAACUACGACUGCAUCAACAGGCCUUUCCUUAGGGGGAGCCCUAGCUGGUUUGGGAGGUUCACUUUUCCAGAGUGCAAACACAGCAACAUCAGGACUUGGACAGAAUGCUCUAGGCUUGACUUUGGGAACCACAGCAGCGACUUCAACUGCAGGCAAUGAAGGCCUUGGUGGCAUAGAUUUUAGCAGCUCAUCAGACAAAAAGAGUGAUAAAACAGGAACAAGACCAGAGGAUAGUAAAGCACUGAAGGAUGAAAAUCUACCUUCUGUCAUCUGCCAGGAUGUUGAAAAUCUCCAGAAAUUUGUGAAGGAACAAAAACAGGUCCAAGAAGAGAUUAGUAGAAUGUCUUCGAAAGCAAUGCUUAAAGUACAAGAAGAUAUUAAAGCUCUGAAGCAGCUUCUGUCAUUGGCUGCCAGUGGAUUACAGAGAAACACUCUCAAUAUUGACAAAUUGAAAAUAGAAACUGCUCAGGAGUUAAAGAAUGCUGAAAUAGCGUUAAGAACCCAGAAAACACCACCUGGAUUCCAACAUGAAAAUACAGCUCCGGCUGACUACUUCAGAAUUUUGGUUCAGCAGUUUGAGGUACAGCUUCAGCAGUACAGGCAGCAGAUUGAAGAACUAGAAAACCAUCUUGCCACUCAAGCAAACAACUCACAUAUAACUCCUCAAGAUCUGUCAAUGGCUAUGCAGAAAAUUUAUCAAACAUUUGUAGCUUUAGCUGCACAACUUCAGUCUAUUCAUGAAAAUGUCAAGGUGCUCAAAGAACAGUACCUUGGGUACAGGAAAAUGUUCUUGGGAGAUGCUGUAGAUGUGUUUGAAGCCAGGCGAGCAGAAGCCAAGAAGUGGCAGAAUGCACCCAGAGUAACUACUGGUCCCACCCCUUUCAGCAACAUGCCAAACGCAGCAGCCGUUGCCAUGGCUGCAACACUUACACAGCAGCAACAGCCUGCUACAGGGCCACAGCCAUCUCUUGGAGUUAGUUUUGGAACACCAUUCGGCUCAGGUAUUGGCACUGGCUUGCAAUCAAGUGGCUUAGGUUCUUCAAACCUUGGAGGAUUUGGAACUAGCUCUGGUUUUGGAUGCAGCACCACAGGGGCCUCCACAUUUGGAUUUGGAACAACAAAUAAACCCUCAGGAAGUCUUAGUGCAGCUCCUCUUAAGAACACCCAGGAGGGCUCCACUGCCGACACAAAUUCAUUCAGAAGGCCUCCAGAAAGCAGAAGGAGACGUGCUCCUGUUCCAGCCAAAGAUACUCCCCAAAAGUCGGAAUACACAUGCACACCCCUAACAGAUCUCAAGUUACUGGUUAGAAGACAACCAACAAAAGAUAAGUAAUGCACCAGCGCAACUCACUUCCGUGCAUCUUUGUCUUCACUUUCCUUGUCUAUAUUUCUAAUAUUCCACCUGCCUUACACCAUCUCCUUUGUACAUGUAACAUUCAGUUAGCUUCCUUUAAAUUGACCCAACCAGCUCAAAAGGGAAGCUCCCCAGUAUUCUGACUAUCUACCUGGCGAUCAGGAAGAUGGUUUUUAGCCAGCGUUUGGGAGGACCUUAUCGCCCUGGUAAGGAGUGGGAGCUCAUGAAUAUGUGAUUAGAAAUCAUUCAGUAACUUGAAGAGUAAUAGCCAAUGAGUCUGCUCAAGCCAUAGCAUCUCCAAAGGAGGCCUUAGUCUCUCUGGCCAAAGCUGUGUUAGAUCAUUGAAUUGCUUUGGAUUAUUUUCUAGCUGAACAGGGCGGUGUCUAUUCACUGGCCAAGUGUUGCUGGAGAGCAGGAGACCAGGGCACGAGAGUACUAGUUAAUGCAGGACAGCAGUGCCGAGCAGGCACGUGGGCACGUGUGCAGUUAGGUACAAAGCAGUUCCAUUCCCUGAGCCCCUAGAUUUAUGCCCCUAACCCGCAUCUGGGGCUCUUUAUCAAUCCUCUACCUUGCACAGGUGGGCAAAGGUUAUUGCCAAGGCAGUUAGAAGAACAAAUUAGGCUGACGUCAGUACAGGGCUGGCUCCUGGCCGAGGCUGAGGACCUGCUACAAGGGAAGUUCCUCUGGGCAUGUCUGGUAAAGGCUCCGGUCUGAUGCCUUGGCACCAGGGCUGGUAAAGGGCCAGCGUCAGCUGCUGUUCAGGGCUCCUCAAGAUACUGAACCAGGGGAGGGGACAUUGGAAUGGGGGUUGGUCUGGCAACUUCCCCCAGAUUGGAUAGGAUACGACUUGCAGAGAGAGAGGCGUGUCCCGGCCAGCUACAGCGGCCCCCGUUGAUCCAGGAGAAGUCUGGGCUCAAACGUUCUGUGGAUGGGAACCAACACCGAGAGCACUCAGGCGGCUCACCAUGGUGCUGCCACUCCACAUCGCACAUGACCUGGCACCGUCACCUGAUGCUCACCGCCUGCCUGCACAGAACCCGCAGGCUGCACACGUGUUACCUGAUAGAGCUAAUGCCGCUGUACUUGCUGUACUGAGAGGAAAGAAUCUCAGGAUGCACUGGGGACCUCAGGAAGAGGAACUCACCCGAAUCUGUAGAUACUGCAGGCGGAGUUGGUGGCACGUCCUUGCCUUGGAUUUUCUGGCCUCGACAGGCCUUUUAAAGUUCAAUGUGAAGAUUUUAGGAAAAUUCCACCAAAGCAGGUGGUACCUAUGGUUAAUAACUAUUCUUCCUGGGCUUACACAAUCAGGCCAAGUCUACUGAAAGAAGAGUUGUGUUGCAGAUAAAUUAGUCUUAAUUUGGCUAUCUUUGGUGAAAAUGGGCUUGAUUUUAGAAAAUUAUAUUUCAAAAGGAACUAUAAUAUACCUUUGUGGAUGUUAGAUUCUAGUUCUGUCCAUUGUCUUAAGUUUUGUUUUCUAUUUUUGUAAACUGGACUGAAUCCUGAAUUCUUCCAGUGACUUGGAAUCGUUAAGAGCUAAAACUGCCCUUUUCCUGAACCUUGCAAUUACAAACUGUAGCUGGACGACAUGAUAAUAAAUUUCAGAGAGAUUGGUACAUUAGCUCAUGCUUAAACAAGCUCAGUGAAUGAUGCUGUGUAGGCCACACAGAGUUUACCUGAGCACCUGAUGAUGUCAUCAGAGACAUUUCAAACUACAAAAGGAGCUUCCAGCCUAAAAACUUAGAAACUGGCUUAUAGUUUGCUCUGAUCAUUAACCUUUGUUUUUCCUUUGUUUCCGUAAAUUUUGUCAAAUACUGAUGAUACGGAAUUUAAUCCCUAUAGUCAGGCGUUUGGUCCAUUCUACUGCCCAGGCUCUAAGACGCCAACAGUCCUUGACAUGGGUCGUUAGACAGCAGGUUGCUCUAGAUUAGUUGUCGGCUGAACAAGGAAGUGUUUAUACGAGUACAGUGGCCAACUCAUCAUGGUUCGGGUCCUGGAGGACAUAAUCACAAAAGUUACUCUUUAUUCUUUGUCUCAUAUUAGGAUACAGGUAUCCUGGGCUGCUGCUGCUUCUGCCAUUGCUGUGGUCUCUGCUUGCAAAUUGAACACCCAGAAUGCCCCCUCUAAGGCUUAGGGAACUUCGCGGAAGAGGUGGGCGUGUGAGAUUGUAAGAGCCAGAUGAGAGGGGCACAAUGGACAGACAAAUCUGACUCCAUCUUAAAAGCUGACCCUCCCUCUUAAUUGAACCUGGAGACUGAGGAAUGAACAACAAAAGGGGGCAAUUGUAGCAGAGUGAAAUGCUCGGCCUCUCCGACUCCAUCUUGGUCCAGCUUGCCUUGUGCCCGUGGCCUUCAGGCUCAUAGCUCGCUUUGUCUGACGCAUCGACUCACUCAUCAUUAGCGGAAUUCUGCUUGUGCUUGAGUUUUGCAAACAGCUCCUCCCAAUCCCCUUUCCCUCGACCUAAAAGAAGCCUGAACUCGACUCUUUUGAGAUGGAGUUGAGGAUUAGGUCCCCAUCUUGGUUGUGGCCUUUUUGAUCAAUAAAUCUUUCUUUACUCCAAAUUCUGACGUUUUGAGUUUUGGCCUUUUGAAGGUCAGGUGUAUGGACUUUGAACUGGUCACACUUUGAGAGUUGUUAAGUUUUUGAUCACUGUAGUCAUAUUGAGGUAGGUGAUGUGACCAUUUCUCUUUUACAGGUGAGGGGAGAAGCAAAGUAAUUUGCCCAGAGUUAUACAGGUAUUAAAAUAGUGAUGCUAAGACUCAAAUCUCAACAUCCCAGGUGUCAUUCUAGUAAAACCUUUUUGAAAUAAAUGCCAUCUUUAUUAAAUGAUCCCGCUUUCAGCUCAGUGUCAUUUUCAGAUUUAAUUCUAAUGCCUUCUAUAUUGUUAAAUAUUGAGAAGGCAGAAGAAAAGUUAAAUCACUGUGGCCAAUGAAAUUGUUUUCAUUUCUUUGAAGAAUUUUUUUUCUCAUAGAUAGACAUGCUGACUUGUUUCAAGGACACCAACUCUAAACAACACGAACGACAAGUUCUCAUCUUGGUGAACUAUCUGUCCACAGGUGCCACUUUGAAAACUGAGAUAAACUAACCUUUAACUGGACCUUCUAGACUGAGCCCUUGUUAGAUGUAAUGAUUGUAUCUUUUAAGAUAAUCUAUUGAGAAAUUCCUAAAAACUACCACUUUUAGACUCCUGAUGUAGGUUGAUCCAGUGGGGUGUGUGUGUGUGUGUGUGUG